AUGACGUUGAUUCGGUUGGCCGAUACGUUGGUCACCACCAUUCUGAUUGACUCGCGGAUCCGCCAGGCCGCGGACAACCCGGACGAUGACACUCCUGACGUGGGCAGGGCAUUGCGAGAGCGGCUGCAGUGGGAUGCCAAAGACCGCCCAUUCGUCAACGCCUUCCUCCUGAGUCAUCCCGACCAAGACCAUUGUGCUGGCCUGAGAAAUCACUUCUGGCUUGGCGAUCCUGCGGACUACCCUGACGACGGCAAGGAUCGUUGGGAGAGGCGGAUUUUGAUCCGUGAAAUGUGGUCGUCGCCUCUGGUAUUCCGCCGGAGUUCGAAGAACCACAUCCUCUGUGACGACGCGAAAGCUUUCGAUAAAGAAGCGCGGCGGCGAGUGACCUACUGGCGCAAUUAUCGCAUUGCAGGUGAUGGGAACCGAAUUCGCAUCAUGGGCGAAGACAACCAGGGGAAGACUGACGACCUUGGCCCAAUCUUGGUUAAAGCCGGCCAGACUUUCAGCCAGAUCGCGGGUGAAAACCUUCCGCAGUUUUUCACCUCGCACCUGCUUGCACCGGCACCGCAUGAAGAUGAUGCGGAUCUUGAAGAAGACCUGACGAAAAACGAAUCGAGCGUGAUCAUGAAUAUUCAGAUCUCGCCGUCGGCUUACUCGCAAACCAAAACCAAAUUCCUUGUUGGCGGUGACGCUGAGGUAUUGAUCUGGGAGCGGAUGUGGAGUCAUUACGAGUCCACGCCCGAGGUGCUUGAAUAUGAUCUGCUCCUGGCUCCGCACCACUGUUCCUGGCACACGCUUUCUUGGGACAGCUGGUCGGGCAAGGGCGAGAACGCCAAGGUAAGUUGGGAUGCCCGCCACGCCCUGAGCCAGGCGCGCAAUGGCGCAACGAUCGUUUCCAGCAGUGUUGAGAUUCUCGACGAUUAUUGCGAUCCGCCCUGCAUCCGGGCGAAGCGUGAGUAUCAGGACAUCCUGGACGAAGUUGAUGGUUGGUUCUCUUGCACUGGGGAUCUCGGUGAGAAGGCUUGCAUGGACUUCGAGGUUCGCGCUUGCUGGAGCGGUACCGAGUUCCGUAGCGGCGUCGAUUCCGCCACGCGCUGGCAAGUUCAAAUGAUCGAUUACUACGAGCUCGGUGAGGUUUUGGACGGUGCAGAGGAGGAUCACCUCUAUCCCCAGACCCAGGCACUCCUCAAAGCUUUACGGGCUUGUCCCUACACCGACGUUCGAGAAAUCAGGAAGGACAAACCAGGGACGAUAAUCAGCGAAUACAUUGUCAUCGAUGCCGGCGACGGUACAGUGGAUUCGGGCAAUCUCGGAGGAGUCAGGCGACGCGAGCGAUUGGCGGUCGGUGUAAACCCCGACUUCCGCGUGCCUGUAGUGGUUUACACACUGCGCAAAGACUUCCCUGUGCUGUCGCACCAGCAUCCACCUUCCCCUGGCGGGGCUAGGGUGCUUUGUCUGUACGACAGCAAUUGGUCGACGGUCGAGCGAACCUGGACGCCGGAGCGUUUCAUCGCUCGAAUGUUUUGGUGGCUGCGAGAGUCUGCACUGUUGAAACUGCACCGAAGCGAUCAGCCGGUUGAGCAGCUUUUUUACAUGAGCCCUUACCAGCUUAUCCUGCCUUCUAACUAUACCGAUUACGCAAAAUCGGGUAGCAACACGUUGACCAUUUGCAAAGUGGAUGUCGGUGACUCGAUCAUCUUGAGGGCCGAUCCCACUCGGCCAGGCGACCAAUCGAAGCUGGUCAGGAUGGUCUCAAUGGUGGUCAAUCCUGUGGGAUCGCCAACGUUGGCUCGCUAUCCAGAGACCUUGGGUGAUCUGCAUGAUCAACUCGUAAGCUGGGGCAGCGACCUCUAUCAGUCGCUUCAUGCGACCGUUUACGACGCCAUUGCAGGCGGUGUUUCUGCUGCUCCCGCCCAAGGCCAAGGUGUCCUCAUUACUGUCUGGAUUCCGCGCGUACGCGACGGCGAGGCUGAACGCUUUGACGUAGCUGGGUACAUGCUGGAUGUCUCUCUGUUUGACCUCGCAACGGCCUUGGAUAUGCUGGGGCCACCCGAUUCGAAAGGGUUGAGUCACCGUAGCGUAGUCCUCGGUGGAGUUGGCGGUAUUGCCUGGCGAUUGAUCCCGCUCAUGUCGGUAGAAGUUCGAAGGGCUCUCACAGCCAAAGCCGCUCGUGAUCUAUCGGGCACCCCUGAGGAAAACAGUGACAUCCAAGGCGUCCUGGCCGGAGUGGGAGCCUUAGGUAGCGUAUUGGCUGAUCUAUGGACUCGCCAAGGCUGGGGGCGGUGGACGUUCAUAGACCCUGACCGGGUGUUGCCUCACAAUUUAUGCCGCCAUAUAGCGUUCGAUUUAUACGUUGGCCUGCCAAAGGUCAACGUCGUGAGGGAUCUGGCUGUAGAGAUCUUUCCGAACUGGGAUCCACCCAAGGCAAUUGCCAAAAGCAUACUUGAGGAUACCGAGGAGAUCGCCUUGUCGUUGAGCGUUGCGCAAAUCGUGGUGGAUGUGACGACCACGUUGGAGGCACCACGUGAGCUCGCCCGUAGACCGGAAGUUCCCCGCACCGUGAGCUUGUUCGUUACACCUUCAGGUCUCUCAAGCGUGAUGAUUCUCGAAGAUCAGGACAGGCUUCAGCGCAUCGAUGGUCUGGAGGGGCAGUACUACCGAGCGAUACUGGAAAACGAGUGGGGUCAUGAGCACUUGGCCCAGCCUCUGGGGGAUCGCUGGGUGGGUGGUGGCUGUCGUGACAUUUCUGUAAGGAUGUCGGGUGAAUCUAUUCAUGGUCAUGCCGGAAUUCUUUCCAGGCAGCUUCGGCAGUCGGUCGCCAAGUCACAGGCAAGAAUUUGUGUCUGGGAAUCAGAUGACCGAUCUGGAUCGGUUACCGCGCAUGAGAUCGACACCGCGCAAGUGCACACUGCGCAAUCAUCUGGCUGGACGGUGAAGUACGACGAGUCACUGGUUCAGAAAUUGUACACCGCUCGACAGAAGGCCCUUCCGAACGAAACGGGUGGCGCAAUCCUCGGCGUCACGGAUCUCAAAACGAAGACGAUUGUCAUUGUUGACGUUCUGCCGGCACCGCCGGAUAGCGAGGCCAGUCCGAGCCAUUUCAUCAGAGGGCAAGAGGGCCAGGCAGAAGCGCUGGAGGUAGUACACAAGCGUACUGCUGGCAUGGUGGAUUAUGUGGGCGAAUGGCAUUCGCAUCCCGACGGGUGUCCGGCUCGCCCGAGUGAGCUCGACGAGAAUUUGCUGAGUACCCUGCAUAGGCAGAUGAGCGUUGAAGGAUUGCCAGCGCUGAUGGUGAUCGCUGCCAAAGGUGCUGUAGGGAUCUUUGUGUAU